AGUGUUCAUUGCUGCAUCCAUUUGCUGGUAAAUGUGCAACGGUUGUAGAAGUGAUGAUGCUACCUUAACAGCUCCUAGCAGAUGCAAGGGCAGCCUUGAAGUUUAAGUUACUUGAAGCUUUCGAUUGAUGUCAAUUUAAAGUGAGUUAGUAUACCUAGCAUUUUUAGUCUACAGCUUCGCUUUCAUUUUGAAAUAAUUUUAUUCAUUCGUUAAAUUUUGCACUAUAUACGUUUAGAAAAGAUGAUUGCACUGUAGAUUACUCAAACUUGAUUACCUGAUUGUUAUUAUUGUUAUACUUGUGUCUAAGUCAAUUUAUGUUUAGUUGGAAAAGACUAUUCAAGACCAAGGGCAGUCGCAAGAUUUGGAAAAUCAAAUACAACAUAUCAAUUGAAAAUUGUAUUCAUUUUUAAUGAAACAUUAAAUUAUAUGAUUUUUAAAAGAAAAUGUGUAUAUAUCUAAAAUGUCAUUAAGAUAUUUACAAAGCAACCUUACACCAUUAUAAAAAACUAUAUUUUAAUCAAGUUACGAUGGCCUGAGGCCAAAGUACAUUCAAUUUUGUAGAACAUAAACGAGCAAGAAAAUGUGUGCAUGAUAGAGGAGGGUGCUGAUAGGCUUGGCAAUGCUAGGCUCAGUUGUUCUAAUUAUUUUGAAGCAAAACUAUUUUCGUUCUUAAUAUUAUAUAAUACAUCUAUCUAUAUUCUUCAAAAUAUAUGAUUUCAUUGGCCAUUGGCACAGUCCUUAUUAUUCUCAGGCAAAUGACGGGCCUUCGUAUUACCUUACACAACACUUUUCUGAAAGUUACACUUACAUUUAAAUUAAUAAAAAUAAAUAUUGCGAUUUUUGGGUUUGACAUGUAUUUUAACAAAAGUUUCACUUAAAAAGACUUGAUCUCGUUCAAUUUGAAUUUCAUGCAAACAAAAGUAAUUUAUUUAUAGGACAAUAUACACGGAUACAUAAAAAAAAAAAAAUUAACAGUUGUGUGCAUUAUUAGAUAAAUAUGUAUAAACCAAAUUUAGCUUUCUUUGUAAGCAUGUUUAAGUUAUUUUUUUUCAAUAAUAUAUAUAUAUAUAUAUAUAUAUAUAUAUAUAUAUAUAUAUAUAUAUAUAUAACUAAAUAAAUAAAUAUAUAUUUAUUUUAUAUACAAGAAAAAAUAAAUAUAUAUAUAUAUACAAGAAUGUGGAAUGCUGACAUAAAGCAAAAGAACCGAGCAUAUUUAAAUAUGUAUGUAUUCUAAAAACGACAAUGAGAGUUAAUUAGCGGAAAUCGAAUAAACUAAAUGCGCAAAAAAUGUUUUAUAUCCAUUUUUAUUUCUUAAAGUUUAAAUAUUAUUAAUAUCUAUACUAAUAAAAGGCAAACCCCUGACCCACUCGCCACUAAUUCUCAAAUUUCUCGAGUAGAUUGCGGCCUGAAGUUUGGCAUUCUUUUCCUUACAGCUCACAUACAAAAGUUAGGCAGUAGUAAUUUUUGCAAAACUUCCUAUAGUAACCUGCCAUUCCCAAAAAUUUCAUUAACUGUUUUCUAGUAGUUGGUGCUGGAAGUGAUACAAUAGCAUUUAUCUUAGCUUAAACAGGCUUUACAUGACCUUGACCCAAUUUGUGACCUAAAUAUUCCACAGUUGCAUGACAAAAUUCACAUGUAUUUAAAUUUACUGUUACAUUUGCCUGCAAACAAUUUUUAAACAGAGAUCUUAAUUGGUUUACAUGAGUUGAAAAAUCUUGAGUGUAAAUAAUUACAUCAUCAAUAUAGGCGCUGCAAUUUUCAUGGUCAGCAAUAAUUUUAUUCACUAGACGUUGGAAUGUAGCUGGGGCUUUUUUAUUCCGAACGGCAUUAAUUUAUAUUGGUAUAAACCAUCUGUAGUACAAAAAGCAGAGAUUUCUUUUGCUCUGUCAGAUAGAGGAACCUGCCAAUAACCUAAUAGUAGGUCUAUCUUUGUCACAUAUUUGGCAUCACUUAUUCGAUCUAUAAGAUCGUCUAUCCAUGGAAUCGGAAAGGAAUCAGUCUUUGUAAAUGUAUUCACUUUCCUGAAGUCAGUACAAAACAUGUAACUUUUGCCAGGUUUUGGGACUAAAAUACAUAGUGAACUCCAGUUACUAGAGCUUGGUUCAAUUAUAUCAUUUUCAAGCAUGUAUUUUAUUUCAGACCGGAUUAUUUCAAUUGACCAUAUAGGGGUGUUGCUUGACCAGAAUUGCCUUACCAAUGUCAACAUCAUGUACAACAAUGUUGGUUUUAUAAGGCACAUCGCGGAAGAGUAAAAGAAAAUCAGCAAUAACAGACUUAACAUCAUCCUUCUCUGACAAUGACACAUGUCCUAAUUUCUUAUCUAUGUUGGCCAAUAGUUCUGAAUUUUUAUGAUUGUAAUUACCAACUUUUUCUGGGACACUAUCAAAGGUUUCUGUAACAUUUUCUUUAGGUAGUAAUGUUGCAGUUGAAAUUUGUGUUAACGAUAGUUUUUGAGGAUGGACAAGGAUCAUCACAUUUGCUAUCAACAUACUCUUUUAACAUAUUAAUGUGACAUAACUGUUUCUUUCUUAUACGAUCUGGUGUUAACAAAAUUUAAUUUAUAUCAUUAAUUUUGGACUCAACUAUAUAAGGACCAAAAUAUCUAGCUUGUAGUGCUUGCCCUGGUAUCGGCAAAAGCACAAGCACUUUGUCCCCUGAAGCAAACUGUCUGAAUUUUGACUUUUUGUAAUACCAAACUUUCAUUUUAGAUUGUGAAACUUUUAAAUGUGUUUUAGCCAAAUUAACGGCCUUAAAAAGUUUAGUUUUAAAUUUCUGGAUAUAGUCAAGAAGUCUUUCCGUGGGUGCCGAUGACCUCCACGUGUCUUUUAAAAGUUUAAGGGGACCGCGAACCAUGUGGCCAAACACCAGUUCGAAGGGGCUGAAUCCAAGUGAUUCUUGAACUGCUUCUCUUGCGCGAACAGAAGCAUGUUGAUGCCUUCAUCCAAGUCUUUCUCUUUUCUAGGCAUUACGUUCUCAUUAUGUUCUUCAACGUCUGAUGGAAUCGGUCAGGUGCUCCCUGUGACUCAGGAUGAUAUGCACUCGACAAGCAGUGUUCUUUGCCCAACAGAUUCAUCACUUGUUUGAAUAGUCCAGCCUUGAAGGUGUUCCUUGAUCAGAUUGUACCGACUUUGGAAGACCAAACAAUGUAAAAAACUUUGUCAGGGUUUUGACGAUGUUUUGAGUCUUGAUAUUGCGAAGAGGAAUAGCUUCUGGGAACCUUGUUGACGUACACAUGAUUGUCAGCAAGUAUUGGUGACCUGAUUGUGUCUUUUGCAGAGGCCCAACGCAGUGUAUAAUAACGCGACUGAAAGGUUCAUCGAAUGCUGGAAUGGGUUGAAGAGGAGCUGCUGGGAUCUUCCUAUUUGGAUUUCCCAACCACCAUCAUAAGUUUGACCGUCGACGAUACAUUGGAUAACAAUCAUUGCCAGUGAUAGCCUUUGCAAUUAAAUCUCUUGGGUAUCGUUUUGUGCAUUUCUCAUCAGACAAGCAUGGUGAAUUUUUUUGAGUAAUCCACAUGGACCAUUAUGUUGGAAAUUGACAAAAUGCUGAAUGCUAAUUGCGCAUUGUUUUGCACACCACAUUAUUUAUUGUGUAGUGACGUCAUGUUUUUUUAUGCUGUCUUGUCGAGUGCUCCAUGUUGGUAGGACUGCAUGUUGUUCUCCUACAAUAAAACGUUGAACUAACCUUGAUGGUUGCCUCUGUUGUUUGAUUAUAUUCCUUUGUGAAGUACCUUAGCAACUUAAUAUUUUCAACACGUAAAUCAUGUUUUUGGUGACGAUUUCUAAUAAGUAUGAUCAGUGUUGGCAUCUGGUAUUUCUGCAAAAAAUUACUUUAUCAAUUUGAUCUGGUUUGACUUUUUCGAUCAACCAAAUUAAAAUGUGUGCAUGUGGCAAUCCUCUCUUUUGCCAUUCAACAGCAUGCAUCUACAAAAACAUGAUACUUGACAAAAAAAUCAUAUCAAAGAUUUCAAUUUUUGUUUGAACACACGCGCAGUAGUGAAGAUCUGAUGCUGAUUGUCCAGUUAACAAAAGUUAUUGUACCCCCCCCCACCACGUAGGGUGCACGUAAAUGUAAUAAAAAAAUCUGGGCGGCCAUAUGCGCGAACAUAAUUCAUUGCAUCUUGUGCGUAUUCAUGCAUGUGACGUGGACUUCUAGUAAAUGUCGCAGGUAGUAUAACCAUUUCCCCAAUUCAUUUGGAUUCACAUUGCAAUCAUUCACAAUUGCAUCACGUAAAUUAAUGUACUCUUCGGAACGUAGCUUGCUUUGAUUUAAUCGAAUGUACUUUAAAUUUGUGCAUGUAAUUCUCGCACACAAUAUUUGUUGUAACGAACGAUGUCAUUUGGAAACGUGAAUUGUACUUGCGUAUGUUUGCCAAGAAAUGUUUCGAUUGGCUUGUUUCACCUGAUACCAACGUUAAUAAUGCUUCCGGUGGUGAAUGUAAUUCUGGCCAUUUCACUUUCCCAAACGCGAAGCAAAUUCGCAGUGUUUCAUUCUUAAAUUUGAGGGCACUGCAAUACACGCAUAAUUGAUCCACUUUUCCAAUAACCACACUUGGAUGAAGACUGUAUUCAUAAUUAGCAUCAUAAUGGAAUGCACUAAGAUUUAAUUCAGCGUGCAGUGUUCGUCUGGAUCGAGCAGAGCGUACUCUAUGGGAAUCCAGUCUUGUUUCUCGUUGCUCGACUGUUUCAGACGAACGUGUUUGAGCAUUACGUACUCGAGUGGUUUCUUGUUUUGCUUUCUUUUGCUCGACUGUUUGAGAUGAAUGGGUUUGAGCAGUGCGUACUCGAGUAGUUUCCAAUCUAUUUUCUCGUUGCUUGAAUGUUUCCGAAGCGCUUGAUGAUUUUUUUCUGUCGUGCUUGACGUGUAGAAAAACCAAUAGCUUUUCGUUUGAGUGACACAAUUGAUUUGAUAGCGAAUUUAUUGCUUUAUGGCGAAUAUUAGAAAUGCAUGUGAUAUCUGUUCUUAGCAAUGAUAUUUCACAAUUAACACAACUUGUUAGGUUACACACAAAAUGAAAUAUCGUUGUUUGUAUUUGAUUCAAUUAAUUUACAAUAUAUCUAACUUUAAUAAUUUUCACACGUUAGGCUCUUACAUCUCAAUGCACGGAAACCUCGCACAAAAGGCACGUUCAUUGUUGACAGGAGAGUUCCAGUUGUAUAGCUUCACAUUCAAUUAUAAAUCAUAAAUUCCAGCGUUAAAUCACGAUAUUAGCAUAGUUCAAUACAUACGUUGUCAAGUGUGUUAUCAUCGAUUUAUGUAAAAUGUCUUUACAUAACACAAAACAACUCCGAAAUUAUAAGACUCUAUUCAAUAAAUACUUUUAAUUUUUAAAAAAAAAAACCUGUGUUCAACGUCAUAGCCGAUUAUAAAAUGCGUUGAGGUGUAGAAAAACCAAUAGCGUUUCGUUUGUGUGGCAUAAUUGAUUUGACAGCGAAAUUAUUGCUUUGUGGCGAAUAUUACAAAUGCAUGUGAUAUAUGUUCUUAGCAAUGGUAUUUCACAAUUAAUACAACUUGUUAGGUCACACACAAAAUGAGAUGUCGCUGUUUGUAUUUGAUUCAAUUAAUUUACAAUAUUGCUAACUUUAAUAAUUUUCACACGUUAGGCUUUUCCAUCUCAAUUCACGAAAACAACACACAAUAAAUAAGUUCAUUGUUGGCAGGAGAGUUUCAUGUGUAUAGCUUCCCAUUGAAUUACAUAAAUAAUAAAUUCUAGCGUUAAAAUCACGAUAUUACCAUAGUGCAUUACCUACGUUGUCAAGUGUGUUAUUUAAUUACUUAAGAAACCAUCGAUUCGUGUAAAAUGUCUUUACAUAACAUAAAACAACUCCGAAAUUAUAAGACUCUAUUCAAGAAAUAAUUUUAAUUUAAAAAAUAACAACAGUGUGUGUUCAACGUCAUAUCCGAUUCUAAAAUGCGUCACAAAAUUCAAGCUGAUUCAUAAAAUUAACAAAAAUACUCUCUACACUAAAAAUGAAAAACGUGUUUUCUCUGCUUUACUACAAAUGUGUAAUUUGUUCAAGGGUGGUAGUGUUGAUAGCUCCGUUUUAAAUUAUAUUGAUGAAGCUCAUUUAAGAAAACGAAAAAGAAAAUUGUAAAAUGAUGUACUAAGUUAAAAAAAUUUGCGAGUGGAUUCAGUUCCAUCAACAAAUGCAAUAGCUCUGUUUGAAAUUAUAGUUAUAAAACUCUUAGAAGAGAAAACGUUCUGGAACCAGCUCCCCUUCCAUAUCCGUCAUUGUGAAACCUCGUCCAUUUUUAAAAAGUCCCUUAAAACUCGUCUGUUUAGGUCCGACUAUGACCUGUGAUGCACCCUCCUCGCCCUGCCUCAUUUUCUAUUCCUGUAGUAUAGGCCAAAACGUGCCAAAGUGUCCUCUUUUUAUAGCCAUUUUAAUUGUUUCUAUAGUAUAGUAGUCAUUUUUAUUUUACUUAGUUUACAUGUUUUUAAUAAUUGUAAAGCGCUUAGAGCUUUAAGGUAAGCGCUAUAUAAAAAAUUCCUAAAUAAAUAAAUAAAUUAUGGUCACUGGCCCAAACGGAAUAUUGUAAAAGGAUUUUCUAAUUUAGAAACUUUUGCGAUAGUGCGCAUUUCAAUUGAUUACGUUUUAUCACAAUCGGAUGAAUGGUUUAGAAAUGCAUACGAUAAUUAUACAGAUUAUAAAAGAGUGGAAAACGAAUUUUGGGCCCCCUGUCACAAACGGAAUAUAGUAGAAUUUUUGUAUUACUUCAGAAACCUACUUACUAUGCCACACACACAAUUUAAUGUUCUUAUUUGUAAUUAAUUAAAAAGCUAUCCAUCCGUUUAUUAGCUCAGUUUUAUCGCAAUCGCUUGAAUGGUGUAGGAUCGCAUACAUUUUCAAAUUAUAUGGAUAUAGCUCAUGUUAGAAAAAACGAACAUAGGUCUCAAACUUAAAUUUUUUUUAAACGGUUGUAAUAAUGUAAGAACAUUUGAGGGCGAUUGCACAUCUCACUAAAGUUUUAUCUCAUUCUGAAAAAUGGUAUAGGAGCGUUUAUGGAAAUUAUUUUUUACAAAGCUCAUAUAAGAAAAAAUAUUAAUUUGGGUUCAACGGCUGAAAACGGAAUAUUUUAAAAGUGUUGUAAUGAAUGAGUAAAAUGCGCAGUCUUAUUGAUAACAAGUCACCUAAGUUUUGUCGCAAUCGCAUUAAUGGUGUAGGAGCGUAUGCGGUUUGAAAAUGUAUGUAUAUGUUUUAUAUAAAAAAUGAACAUGGGCCUCUGGCUCAAAACAUAAUAUUUUUAAACUAUUCUAAUAAUUCCAAAACCUUGCGGUUGAGUUGGCAAAUCUUACCAAUUUUAAAAUAAUGGGAUAAAUGGCGUAGGAGCGCAUGCGAAAAUUAUUUUUACAAAGCUAAUAUGAGAAAAAGUACGAAUUAAGGGCCAACGGCCGAGAACGGAAUAUUUUUAAAGUGUUUAAAUAACAAAGUCAAAUGCUAAGCCUUAUAAAAAACAACUCCCAAGAGUUUGUUUUGCAAUCGCAUGAUUGGUGUAGGAGCAUAUACGGUUUGACAAUAUAUUUAUAUAUGUCAUUUAAAAAAAUGCAACAUAGAGCCCCUUGCUCAAAACUGAAUACUUUAAAACGGUUGCAAUAAUUUAUAAACAUUUAAGGGCAUGCUCUCAACAUCUCACAAAAGUUUUAUCAGAAUCUGAUAAAUGGCGUAGGAGCGCAUGUGGAAAAUAUUUUUUUACAAAGUUCAUAGAAGAAAAAAAAAACGAAUUAAGGGCAAACGGAACACUUUACAAGGUUUUUAAUGACUCAGUUAAAUGGUAAUUUAUUUGGACAACAAUUGACCAAAGUUUUGUCGCAAUCGCAUGAAUGGUGUAGGAGCAUAUACGAGACAUACAAAUAUACACACAUACACACAUUCAUUUAUAUAUAUAAUAGAUAUAUACAUUCUUAUAUAUAUAUGAGAGAAAAAUAAACUACGGGACCAUAUAGAAAUGAAUAGAACUAACUAACAUUUUAAUAUUCCCUUAAAUCCCGCUAUAUAUUCCAUCGGAAAAAAUCAGUAAAUUUAGAAUUUCUGGAACAUUCUAGAUUAAAUUCAAUAAUAUCCACGAAACCGAAUCCGUAGAUUUGAUUGAAAGAAAUUUCUUCGGCAGUAAAUUAAUCGACGGUAAUUUGAUCGAACGGAAAUUUUGUCGAAUCUAUUUUUCAGUUUUUACGUUAAAAUGUUUCUUCGAAUUUCUUUUUGAACGCAUUUUUUUCUUUUACUAUAGAGCAGGGGUCUCCAAACUUUUCAGCCUGAGGGUCGCAUGAACUAUUAAACUGCAUUUUGGGGGCCGACUACAUACUUGAGGUCCAAAUAAAAAAAAAAAAUCAAAACAGGGAUGUUGUUUAUAAUUGUUUAUGUUCUAUUAUUUCAUUCAGUUAUUAUUUAAUAAAACAUUUAUACACGAAUCAUAAACACCUGUAUCAGUUGGAAUGGUUAAAAUUGUUUCCUGGAUGCAAAAUAGCAGUACUGAGCAGACAUUUCUGGAUUUAGAUUUGCUGUCCCUAACAUCAACAUUGACCUGAGAUUAUCAUCGGACGAAUUCGUUCUCAAAUUGUUCUCCACGUAUUUCGUUCUUGAAAAUGAUUGUUUACACAUGUAUGUUGUUCCAAAGAUUGAAAGGUACAUUAAUGCAAAAGGUUUGAAAUUUGGAAAAUCUUCCGUGGGCAAAAGCUGGUAACAACCCAACAGUCCUCCUUUGAACUUGUCGCAAAGGAGGUCAUUUGCUUGUAACUCAAUAAAGUGCAGGUGCAGUUCAUCUGGGCGACUGGCCACAUCUGCUUCAAAUGGGUUUUGAAAAAGUCUCACUUUUUCUGCCUUUAAAUCCAAGUCAGAAAACCACUGCUGACACUGCAGCUGGGGGUCUUUGAUGAUGAUCUCGCAUGCAAAUGACUUAGGGAACUCCACUGUUGCUUUAGCCAUGAAGACCGUCCACGGCUGAACGUGCGUCAAGUUGUUGGACUUUUCCUCUCCUUUCAGUUUUAGGUUCAGAAAAUUUAAAUUACUAGUUAUGUCUGCAGCAAAGGCCAUUUUCCAUACCCUUUCUUCAUUAGCCACUAACGCCUGUGACUUGACUUUACUUUCCAGGAAGUCAUCUCAAAACUUAGUCAUCAUAUUGCUGUGUACAUUUACUAUGUUGUGUCUGUAUCUUUCAACAGGUCUCGGAAAUUAUUGUAUGGUUGAGCCCAUGUGACCUUAUUGAAUUAACCCUCUUCACCACAGGUUUAAAUACGCUGCUAUAGUCCACAUAGUUAUCACACAAAGCUUUCUGUUGAAAAACGCAGUGAAGAACAUUGGUUGCAGAAUUUUGUUUUUCAUUACACAUCUGCUUCACUUGUCCAACCAAGCCUUUCUUUAUGCCACUCAUGUUAUUUUCCGUCAACAGUCAGGCAACUGAGGUUAGUCCAGUCCAAGUUAUAAUCAGCAAAUAUUUUGUUAAACUCAUCGGUAACAGUUCUGUACAUGCUAUUUGGGACGUCAGUUCUUGUGUUAUGUUCAUGUAUUCAUCCACACCCCCUCAACGAACACAAGCAGUUGAAAGGUGGAACAGAUGUCCAGCAAUUCAUCCAUUGUAAUUAAAAUUUGCAAAAUGUGUUUGCAUUUUUCACUAUUUGAGCCACGAUCUUUUCACCUGUUUCUGCAACACGGCGGGAUAAGCUCCACCACUGGAUAUUAUAUAUUCUCAUCUCAUUGACUGUAAACGGAAGUAGAAAAACUAAGCAGCUAAUAAGUUUUUGCCAAGUAAUGAUCGGUUAGAUCGCUACGCUGAGCGCCUCUAUUUUAAUUAGUUACAACCAUAACGUCCACGUAAGUGGCGUCUGAUCUUGGAAGGAUUCACUUACAUUUCCGUAUUUUUUUUCCGUAGACAAGAAGGUCUCCGCAGGCCGCAUGGGAGGGCCUCGCAGGCAGCAUGUGGCCCGCGGGCCGUAGUUUUGAGACCCCUGCUAUAGAGUAUAGUAAAAAUUACUUUUCUUAUUAUGUUUUUAAAUACGAUAAAAAUAUUUAACAUGUGUCAUAAUUAUAAUCCUUUUUCUUUUAAGUUAAUCAAGGGGCCCCUCGGGCCCAUUCCAUAACUGUACCGAUUUAGUUAUGCCUGAGAUAGGGGCCCUACAAAAAUGAGACGCAUAAAAAUAGAGUUAAAUUUAAAAUAAGUCUUAUUAAAAUCUACUUAAAAAUGGCAUAAAAAUUUUUUUUUUAAAUUAUCGAACUUUCUGGAAAAUUCUAGUAUGGAUAUUAUUAGUUUUAAUUCUACGAACAUUUCUAUUGAGACAAUGAAGAGUAUUGCUUAAACGCUAGGCCUUUAUCCAUCAAUUCACAUAGAAAAUAUAGUGGUGUCUAUGCCUAUUGAUAUUUAUAAGGCUCAUAUAAGAAAAAAUUGAACGGGACCCCGGCCCUAUAUGAAUGGAUAGAAUGAGUUUAAUAUAUUUCGGUACAUGAAGAUGGAUAAUGAAGUGUAUUUAUAAUAAGUUUGGUCAAGAUCAAUUUAUUCAUGUCGGAGAAUUUGUUGUUAAUUUUAUUUAUAUAGCUCAUAUAAGAAGAAAAAAAAACGAAUUCGGGACCUCCUGCCCCAAACGAAAUGUUAUAAAAAGUUCAUAAGACCUUAAGAGUUCUUUCAAGAUAAUUAUGGAUAUAUUGCAAAGUUUGGUCAAAAUCCAUCAAUCCAUGUAAAAGCCUUUGUAGAGCAAGCAUACCCACAAACAAACAAACCCACAUUUCACUUUUAUAUAUAAUAUAUAUAUAUAUAAUAUAUAUAAAUAUGGUAUGAUACAUGUGUAUAUAUCAGCUAUUAUAUUUAAAUAAAAACUUAAAACAAUUCUUUUCUUUUUUUGUUUUUUCUUAUUUAAAAUAAUAAUACUUUCAUUGUAAUGAAAAUAUAUAUUUACAUAUCGAAGAUUGAAUGUUUUAAUAGAUUGGCGAUGCUGUUGACAAUGUGGUUUUCAAUCAGUCUUAUUUGACAAAAUAUUUGGGUGUAGAGGAGAGAACUGAGAUUUUUUUUCCACAAGCAGAUAAGAGAUUACCACACAGAUUGAGUGUGUGCAUUUUUUAUAAGUACAACAAUAUAUCAAAGAUCAGAUAGAUUACACACCGGAAAUGGGUAUUAACAUAUAAAAAAAACCCAGUGAAAUAAUGUGUUUAACAUUCCACAGCAAUUAUAGUUCAAUGGAAGGAAAGAGAGUCUUUGCUUUAUUAUGUAAAUAACAAUAUCGUUAAAUCCGAUGAUAUUACAAUACAUUUUGGAAAAUGAAGUUUGAGAUUUUCUUUCAAAAUGAAUAAAUACGUGUUAGAGGUGUUACGAUUAUGUCGGAAGAUGCAGUUCAGGGGCUCUGAGACAUAAGUGGACAAACUGUCUCAAAGCGCUCAUGACGACUUAUGUACCCACUAGACAAAUCCUUUCAUCCGAUAGUGGCAAAAUCUCGGUACCAAGUGUUUGCUCUUGAGACUUACGUAAGGCGCACUUUCGCAUUUGCUGGCCGAACAUUUUGGAACACACUUCCCAUCACACUCAAAAACAGCCAGACAAUGGAGUCUUUCAAAACGGAAUUGAAAACACAUCAAUUUCGCAAACACAUGAUGGGGUGAUGUUAUCUACCAUCUUUUCCAGCUAGCUGUUAUCUCCAAGUUGUAAAUUGGCCUGUGAUUUUUUUUUUAAUUGCAAGAGAUGAAAGACUUAGAAAGUGUGCUCUCGUGUUUAGUUUUUGUAAUUUUGCGUUUUUUAUUUCAAUGUGGUAUGAUGUUUUUAUUUAUUUCUCUAUUAAUAUAUUUGACUUUGUACCACACUUCGAGUAUUUGGUAUGAAGCUUUUUUUAAAAAUAAACUUUAUUAUUAUAAUUGUAUUAGAUCACUUUUAUCCAAACCUCAACAUUCUUUUAAGUUGGAAAGGCAAACAAAUUGUCCGAACACCAUGUUAGUAAUAAAUUAUUUUUAUAAAAGUAUAUGAACAGUGAGAUCUAGGUGACGCCAUCUUUGCAGGAUAGUCUUGCCCGUUAUUAGAAAAUAUUUUGCUGGAAUAUUUGAAGUUUUCGAGGUGAGCAGUUGAAAAGAAUUGAAACAUAGGAAAUCUUAAAAUCAGUUCUACGGUUUUUUUACGAUCGCGUAUUGUUGUCUCUAACAAGUUUCAAUGCAGAAAAAAAGUACACAAUCACAUAUUUUUAAAUGUAUUUAAAAAAUCCACAUUAAGUAUUUGUGAAUAAGAGCAGAAUGUUCAAAGGGAUACGUUUGAAAUGUAUAUUUUUCAGCAAUCUCUAAACAUUUUUUGUUUUGUUUUGUUUUUUUAGGCUUAGUUAAUGUCAAUGAUUUUUGCUUUUGUUUUUUUACAUUUUUAGUAAGGAGUAAAAAAAAUGCAGAGAGCAGUUCAAGCAAGUGAUAGGAAGGAGCAGGGUAUACAUUGAAAGACAUUUCUAUUGUGAGCAAUUGUAUAAUAUGAUUUGUAUGUCAUUCUUUUUAUACAUAAAUGUUAAAAAAUAAUAUGUUUAGUCUUGAAAAAAAAAAGACACACAUUGCAGGGAAACUUGGCAAAACGCGUUUAUAGGCAAACAAUAACAAGUGAAAUGUUUAAACUUGAAAAAACAGUAUUCUUAAAUUUCAGUAACUAUUAGUUAUCAUCUGUUAGUCUACGGUCUAUUAAAAAUACCACACUGUGUAAUGGUGUCAACUGAUUAAUAAAAAAAAACAAUUUGAAAAAUUAUUUUUUUCAGCGAGCCUUUCCAAAUUUCUCUUUUUUCUCUAGUCGAGUCUCUUUGGGUAUUUCUGGCAACAUUGUCUAUGGUACACUGCAACAUCGUCACCAUAUGUUCUAAGAACAUGUCACACUGAAUAAUAGAAUACAAACAUCCCCUGAAAUAUAAGUUUUUUCCACUUUAUUCUGCGCAAUUUUUUUUUACAGAUCCACCUGGGUGCAAUCUAUGCUCAACAUAAAUCACUAGUCCAAAAUGAUUAUCCGUAUCUAAUUAACUUUCUCAUAAACGCCUUCGUGAAUUCUUAUGCUUCCAACGUAUAGUAUUCUCAGAAGACUUGCAUCGUCUCUCUAAGUAGUGCUAGCAAGAUUUUUUUACAGGCUGAUUUUCGAAGUAGCUCCAGCGCCGAGUUCACUACAUGGUUGUGAAGCAGGGUUUUUUGGUCCAGCUUGAUUAAAAAAAAUACAUGGGUGAUUUAUCCCUUUUAGCGUUUGCCUGCAGAUGUGAAGAUCGAUUUCUUCUUUGAGAGCAUUCCUUACGUUGGUAAACAUUUAAUUGACCGUUUUCUCCGCUUUUAUCACUAAUCUUCCUUUUGGAAAGUAGUCUUGUAUUUUAGUGACAUCUACUUGCAGUCGGCUCUGCAAUAGCUGUAUGGCUUUGCAAGAGUUUGCUUUGUCAGUUGAUAGGGAAUCCAAAUCAGAAGAUACAAACAGCUCCUCUUCAAAACAUUCCAGCGUUUGAAGAACCUUUCAAUCACGUGAAUUUAGACUGCGUUGAACCUCUGCCAAUAACAAAAUCAGGUCACCACUACUUGGUGACCAUCAUGUGUGCGUCAACAAGGUUCCCAGAGGCUAUUCCUUUUCGCAAUAACAAUACUCCAAAUAUCGUCUAAGCCUUGUCAAAUUUUUACAUUGUUUGGUCAUCCAAGUCUGUACAGUCUGACUAAGGAACCAAUUUCAAGCCUGGACUAUUCAAACAAAUAAUGAACGAAUACAGGCGUUCCUGCUUAAAAGAAAUUGAUAGCGAGUUUCUCUAUCAUAUAUUGAGCCAAGUAUAAAACACAUAUUUUAAGCAAAACAAGCAGAAACGUCUGAUUAGAUAUUGUUAUGUUUAACGUAUUUAAUUUGUGAAUGCAAUUUUGUGUAUACAUUGUUCAUUUGACAGUCAAGCUUAAAUAAUAGAAAGUACUAUUUUGUCCUAAAUUACUAGAUACAAUAACUAAAUGCUUUAAGUCUUUAAAAAACAUAAAAAUAAUAUUAAGGAAAAUAUUCAAAAUGUUGGCACAUCUAAAAAAUCACUUCUGCUUUAUUUCACGUUUCAGUUUUAAUGCGUCGCGGUAAAUUGUGAAAUGGACAUUUGUGACACGGAAAUCUAGGAAAUGUCAAUUUGUGCCAAUAAAAUCUGUGAAAUGGCUGUUCGCCACGGAAUUAUGUGAAAUGUUUUUUUGUGCCACGGAAAUCUGUUAAAAGGCUAUUUUUACCAUGGAAAUAUGUGAAAUGGCUAUUUGUGACAUGGAAAUCUGUGAAAUGGCUAUUUGUGCCACGGAAAUCUGUGAAAAAGCUAUUUGUGCCAUGGAAAUCUGUGAAAAGGCUAUUUGUAGCUCGGAAAUCUGUGAAAUGGCUAUUUUUUUCUCGAAAAUCUGGGAAAUGGCCAUUUGUACCAUCGACAUCUAGGAAAUUACUAUUCUGUCAUGGAAAUAAGAGAAAUGCUAUUUGUGUCUCGGAAUUAUGUGAAAUGGCUAUUUGUGCUACGGAAAUAUGUGAAAUGCUAGUUGUGCCACGGAAAUCUGUGAAAUGUCUAUUUGUGCCACAGAAAUAUUGGAUAUGCUUUUUGUGCCAUGGACAUCUGUGAAAUGGCUAUUUGUACCACAGAUAUAUGUGAAAUGGCUAUUUGUGUCACAGAAACCUGUGAAAUUGCUAGAUUGUGCGUUGAUUCAUAAACAAAUAGCGAUAGAGUUGUCUACGGCAUGGAUGGUUUGUAGAUUAACAACAUAAACUAAUUAUAUAAUUGGCCAGCAAAGGCCAAACAAUACGGGUCAAACAAGACGCAGGCUAUUUAUAGAUAGGCCAGUGUUCGGUUCAAUUAUGAGUUCAAUAGCGGGCAAAAUAUAGUUCGCGAUAACUAAGCUUUAUACGAUAUAUAUAUAUAAAUAUUUAUAUAUAUAUUUAAUAAUGCAAUUGCGUUUGGGGCGUAGUAUUUUAUUUUCGUAAAUGAAAUCGUCUCAAUUUAAGUAUUGUGUAAAAAAAAUAUUCGGUUUAAAAGUGGUUGGGACAUGCGAAUAUUAUAAUAGUUGAUGGGUGUGAAAUAAAAAGUGUGCAGUGAGGUAUCAUUGGGGAAGGGGUGUAGCAAAUAUUGAGAUUCUUUUAAAUGUGCAUUACUUGAGUCCAUGUUUUGUUAAGUAACUUUACUAGAUGGGAAGAUAUUGUUAUUAAAUGUUUGAUAUUUUGUGACGUAUUAUUAUUGUUUAGUGUGGUCUUGUGAGUAAUUGCAGUUCAAGGUGUAGGGGAGUUGUGUAAAAAAGAAAUUAUUUUUUUUUUAAAUAUUGUUUUUGAAUUGAACAUUUGACACACACCGCUUACAUGUAUACUCUAGCGGAAACUAAUAACAUGCUGCAAACACAUGGCCUGAGCCUCCAAAAAUUACAACUACCCGUCUUUGACAUUCUUCCAUUGUUUCUUUCAUCGACCACCUUCGACGCUUAUGCUGAACAGUCCCUCUCUACGAAACACUGCAACAAACUCAACAAAGAACAAAGACACGAUGUUGACACUGUUUUAUACAAUGCAUACAGCCAUGCCCAUCCGCGACAAACAUGCUUCUCCUUAGAUGGUCCUGUAGGAACAGGCAAAACGUUCAUCUACAAAACACUAAUUCAUACCAUCAGAGGUAGGGGAGGCAUUCCUACAACCUUAGCGUCGACAGGAAUAGCUGCAACAUUUUUACAACGUCGACGUACUGUACAUCCGUUUUUAAAAUACCCUUGAAGCUGGCCAUGAUUUCCACCAACAACAUCAAACCUAGCUCACUCCACACUCAACAUCUUCUCAAAUCUAAAGUGAUAAUAUGGGACGAAGCCCCAAUGACACAUGCAUACGCAUUCCAGGCAUUUGACAGGUUAUUACGUAACCUCUAGGGUGACACGCAGCCAUUUGGAGGCAAAACAAUUCUAUUGGGUGGGCAUUUCCGACAAAUCCUCCCCAUCAUUAUGCGUGGCUCCCGAGCUUUUACUGUGGCCAUUUGCAUUAACAAACAUCAUUUUUGGCGUAACAUGCAACACAUAUGAGAGCUCUUCCUCACGAACAAGAUUUCGCCAAACGGCUCCUUGAUGUAGGAGACGGAAAAAAUGGAACAUUUGUUAAAUUACUUUGAUAUUGUUUUCGUGUUAAUUUUAAUCCCGUUUAACAGCUAUUUGGCGGCAUCGACUUCUCAACUGUCACUCCGGAACAACUCAGUACGCGAGCUAUAUUAAGCGUCAACAACGAAGACGCCUUAUAUCUUAAAAAAGGAGUCUUGAAACGUAUCCCAGCUGACAAAGUAACUUUCACCAGUGUUGACUACAUCGUCACGGACGAUCCCGCAAAUCAACUGUCAUUCCCCGAAAAAUUUCUUAACAGUCUUACUCCCACUGGCAUGCCUCUGCAUAAACUCAAAUUAAAAUUGGUUCAGUUGUCUUGCUUCUCAGAAACCUCAUGCCAGCAAGAGUUCUCUGUAAUGGCACUAGACUGACUGUUACCAACAUUCAACGUAAUGUGCUAGAGUGUCGAACUAUUGCAGCUGCUACCGCAAAAACUGUCCUUAUUUCUUAGAUUAUCCUUUGCAAUGACAAUUAAUAAGACACAGGGACAAAGUUUCAAAAAGAUAUGCCUCUAGCUAUCAAACCGGUCUUCAGUCUCCGACAGUUGUAUGUAGCCCUCUUCAGAGUUCCAUCUUUUCACGCAAUCAUCGUUGUAUCCUCAAACCCCACCCGUUUGGACAACUGUGUCUUUCGCAAACUCUUCACUCAUCUUUGAGCAAUUCUGCGACGUAUGCUACGUCACGGGUCGACUAGUAGUAAUGAUUUCGUGCAUACAUACCAGAGGCAAGCCGUUUACACUUGCCCCCAUGUCGCACAAUAAGAUUCACUACUAUUAAUGAGCAAACAUUUUUUGAAACCUAAGUUUAAAUGGGCUCACUUUCACCAUUAUAUACAUAGCUUUAUUUUUUAAUUUCAUUUUGCUAUUACAAAUAUAAAUAUUAUAAGUUUUACAUAAAAUUACGGCCUGAUUCAAGCGAUUUAAAUCACAACGUUUCCCUUUAUAAAUGAAUGGUCUAGAAAUUAUGGGGAAAAGGAGUGUUUUGACAAGGGUAACACUUUUUGUAUAUACAUUAUAUUAAGGGUUUUUUUUUUCGAAAAGUGGAACUAGAUUGGGCUGAUACACAUCAAAGAAAUGUGGCAUGUUCCUUCCGGCCUGUUCACAUGUGUACAUUGUUUUGUACUGUGCAACCAUCACACUUAAAAUGAAUAGGUACGGAGUGUACUGUAUCCACUAGCAAACACAUAUCUGACUAAAAUCUCAAUUUAGAAAGAUAAGCAAUAAGUGGUCUUCUUUGCUCAAAGCUAUCAGUUGCUUCUGGGAUAGGUAUUUUUAAGUAAUAGUAUAUCAUCGAGUUCCAAACUGGUAUAUAGUAUUUACUUUAUUCUCACAUCAUCAAUUUAUUUUCAGGCUCACCACACUCUUACAGAAUAAUUAUUGGGUUCACACUGUUUGGACGUUGAAAGUAAAAACGUGAGUAUUUGUAUAUAAUGAUUAUCAAAUGCAUUGUUACUUUUUAGGGACCACAGAUAUUAUUAACCCCAGUUUUUUAAAAAAAUCGUAGUUAUUAAGAAUGCGUUUUAAAACGCCAUCUUCAAAAAUUAAAGAUGUCUCACACUAUUUGUGUAUUAUUAUUCAGGAAUUGGACAACAUAAUGGUAUAUGAAUGAAACAUACAGCACACAAACAGUGAAGAGAUAUCUAUAAAUACUUUUUAACUUAAAAAUUAAAUAAACCAUUUAAACAGUUUUUCAUAAAAAUUCUUUAUAAAAUGUAAUAUUAAGUACUGGGGAGGGGUGGGCUCAAAAUGCGACAAAACAUGUAUACAAGAAACGCACUUUAUGGAAAUCUCAAUUAGUGCUGCCAAACGCAACCCGUUAGGCUCGCAAAUGCACAUUUUUUUUCACGCCCCUGAGCUAUAUUAAUAUUCUGAUUCGCACCCACUUUUACACAGCAAAUUUAUUUCAUCCACACCUUUAGAAAAGAAAAUAACAAUAGAACCUGUUACAAACCUAACAUACUUGUGAUACUUUUUUUUAAAGAAUCUUAUUUCGCACAGUUUUAUGUAAUUUCAUUUUAUCUUGCACUGGAAAAACAGAUUUUUUUAGGAUUGAAUUAUGAACUCAAAAUUUAAUACAAUGUUUUGUGGUUGGAAAAAAGUAUAAGUGCCAAGAGUCAGCACGAUAAGUUGAGGGAAAGAGUGUCAAUUAGACGUCGGAAGAUUUCACCCCACACUCUUCUACUAGCCAGACACAAACACAAAUUAAAUUAUUAUAAAUGGUUUAAACAUAUGUGUAUACGUUAGGUAGGGAGUUUUAGCUCACACUAGAUGCGCCAAGGGGCUGCACAUAACAAGAUAAUAAAAAAGAAGGGAAAAAGAUAAAGAAAAGAAAAGUUCAAUUUCUUAAUGAAUUAUUAAGAUUAAGCCAGAGUCCCUUAACUACAUAGACAAAAAAAAAAACCUCAAAGGAGGGACUUUUAAACAGGAAAACAUACCAAUGAAAUAGCAGAUUAAUUAUUUUACCUCGAUAAAAAAAUUAUAAGAGAUCUUUACUUUAGGAAAACGCUCUUAAAUUAAGAGAACUUAGUUAUAGUAAGAUAUAUCUCUCUAAAAAAAUUGUAUGCCGAAAAUGGAUUUCUUAUACCUUGCACUAGCUGAUUCGAUGCUUCCAGCUAUUGACUUCCAGUAGUGCAAAGGCCAUGCAAAAAGUAUUACGAUUGUAUCUAUUUUGUAUAGGUAUUCUUUUCAGAUCAUUCCACUUCAUGCAAUUUUUCUCACUCCAAUUUGUGGAGAUAAUUUCUUUUUGUGUUUUCGAGUGUUUUUUGUAUCACAUGAAAGGUUUUAUUUCAAUUUGGUUUCCUCAAUGUAAGGCUAAUUCCAGUCGAUUUAAUGUUCUUAAUAUCCAGGUUUACGUCCUGGUUCACUUCCUUAUAAUAUAUACCUUUUGUCUGUUUCUUUUUUUUCAUUUUAGUCAAUGUAUUUCACUUAAAAACAAGCAUCUGUCAAAAGUAUAAAAAUGUCCCAUUACUGAGUUUGAUUAUCCAUUAGUUCACAUUUUAGGUGAAAAACGGACUGACAAUAAAAAAAAAUUCAGCAAAUCAUUCUCAUUUUUUCAUUUCAUCAACAUAUCAUAUUUGAGUAUCAUUGCAAAAUUUAUCUUAUCUGUUGUGAUUCUAGAGUUUUCAAUAGUGCCACCGUCUUUAUUAAGGAAGCUCCUCAGACAACAUAUAAUUGCUUUCCUAUAAUAGAGUUUCUCACAUGCAUUUUGAAAGGCUAGUCUUGGCACUGUUUUAAUUAAACACUUACAAAUAUUUAUGAAUAUGCAAAUAUAUUUAAUUGCAAAAAUAAUUAUGUAUCCCAAAUGUGUUAAAAGGGAUCAACAACUCACUAAAAAAAUUAAUUUACUCUCAAACAAAAAACAAAACAAAAAAAAAAAAAAAUUUCUUCCUAAGGCAAUUUUUUUUCUAUUAUGCAGAAAAAAAUGUUUAAUUAUUUAACUUUUGUAGUAACUCAAGUAUUAUUAGUAUUUUUAAUAGCCUUCUCUUAAAAACUAGUACAGUUUUUUUGCGUUACAUUUUGAGUGAAAGUUGUUGCUGAUGAGGAUCAGCCAUUGUUGAAACCAGAUAUUUGUUAUAUAUCUAAAUGCUUUAAAAAAAAAUAAACAAAAUGAAAAAGUAGGAAAAUGCUUUAUAAGUAUGAUUAAUUACAAAGAUGCAGAUAUUUUAAAAGGAGAAUCCUGUUUAUAGUAUUUUUAUAAGAAUUCAGGCUAGUGUUAUUCAGUAAUACCUGAGAAAUGAUGACUUAAUUCGGUCCUAAUAAGGGCAAUUGAAGAAAAGGUUCACAACAAACUGCAAGUUAUAUUUUUAGUGACUAAAAUAAUAGUAAAAUAAAUAUAUUUUCAAAACCAGUUAUUUGAUAAAAAAGGUUUAAAAUUAAUUAAUAUUUUUUGUACACAUUUUAUCAAUGAAUAAUGAUUUUUAAUUAUUAUUUAAAGUCCCAAGAAAAUAAUUGUUUACAUCUUUUUACAGUAGUAAAAUAAAUGUUUUUUUUUGUUUUUUUAAAUCACAAAAUUUACCUGGGCAUAGUGCAGUGACAUAGCUAUGGUUGGUGUCACCCGGUGCAGUAAACACAUGAUGUCACCCCCUCCAUCACGCUGGACUACUUUUUGUUAAAAUAAAAAUAUGACAAGAACAAAAACAAAUAAUUUUAAGGUCAUGCCUUAAAUGUAUUUAAGAGAUUGAGUUACGUUAUUUGAGCAUUAAAAAGUGUUUAAUUUAAAAUUUUCCUUACCUGAUCUUGAAACCCGCAAAGCGUUCAGCCACUUGAUCAAAAUCAAUAUCAUUCACCAUAUCACUUUCAAGAGUAAAAUCAAAAAGCCUUGAAAGUCCCGUGGUGGAUAGUACAUAGUUCUUGAUAAGCCUUAGUUCUGUAAAUCUCAACAUAAAUAAAGCCACUGACAUUCAGUUCGUAAAAAACACUAAAGGAUUAGUGAGAGCAUUGGAAGGGAUUCUAGAAAGUACCAUUCAGCGAUAAAUGUCAAAACAUCAAAUACUAACCAGUUUAUUGUUUUUUGAACUUCAAUAUCAACUGUCUUUAGGUGUCUUCUAAAGCUUUGGUAUUUCUUUUUAAAAGUUCAUCUUCUGAUAACUUAUCAUAGAAAGGGUGACAUUUCGGAACGGACGCCAAUUACUCUUCUUCUUUUGCUGAUAGUCGACCCUUGGGUUGAACAGCCAGAAAAAUAGCGUCUAUCUUCUUGAUUUCUGAGGAUUAAUCUGGAGUUCAGAAUUAAAAAAAUCUCCCUACUGUUUUCUUCUCGCAGAGAGAGUCCAGCAUCUAUUAAUUUGUGUAUUGGUGAGAAAAUAUAAAUAUAAUUUGGAGGGGUAGCCUAAGGACUAGGCAUAAUGACUUAUGUAUAACUUAGUAGGAUAGUGCGCUGAGAAAGAAAUGUAUUUUUUUUUAAUUUAAAAUUUCUUCUUUUAAGGUUAGCAACUGUUUAUAGAAAAUAACCAUGUUCAGGGAAAUAGUUUAUAAGGGUAAAUGGAAACAAGUAUUUUUAGAAAGCAGGAAGAAAAUGUGUCUUGGUUUUCGCGUGGCAAGUGUUCAAUUACAAGGUCUACAGGUCUAAUACAAAUGAUGAAUGUUAGUAGGUUAAGAAACGAUUAAGAAGCUACAUUUAAAAGACUAGAUGGACAUUUGUAACAGUAAGAUAUCAAGAUAUUAAAGAGAGGUUAGAAUAAGGCAUAUAAUUGAAACAAUAAAAGUCCAUAACUAUUACAUGUUACACUAUACAUAUUGUUAAAUAUAUUUGCCGUUUCUAGUAAAUUCUGGAAGAGAAAGAUUUGUUGUCUCUCACACAUUUUUAAAAUCCAUACAGAUUAAUAGAAACUUUAUUUAAUCUAAGUCUGGUCUUUGAAAUGUAAGGGAUGAGACAACCAGCCCACGAGACAACAUACUCGGUUUCCCUUUAAAUAUCAGAGAUGAGCUUUGAAUUUGCGAAAUAUUAAUAAAUCAAGCUAAUAUUACAGUUACUUAAACAGGUCUAACAUAAAAAGCAUUAAACAAGGUAGCAUUUAUAAUAAUUGGAGUUUGGGCCAAUAAGAACCUUAUCAAGUAAUAACUACAAUUCAUUUGAGGAUACUGGUCAAUAAAAUGAAACAAUAAUGAGUUAAUGGAGUAGUUAAUUUUUAAACGUUAUUUUUUAAAGAUUUUUAAUUCGAUAGGUAUUGUUGUUUUUUUAUUAUUACACGGCUUGAACGUGAUCCUCUAUGUAUUAUCAUUUAUCUUGUAAAAAAAAAAAGUUCAAAUCUUAGCCCAGAAGAUACAUUUUCUAAGAAGUAUUUCAAAUUUUAAAUCGAGUAUGAUGGUUGUUAUUUGAUUUAGAUAACUGGUGAAGGCCUGAGACAGCAAAAAAUCAUGCAACACAUCUCUUAUUAUAGGGCCUAUUAUAAUAAUUAAAUAAAAAAAAUUGUAGGCUUAAAAGGGGAAAAUAGUUUGAAUGUCCAAACUUUUGUCCCAAAAGUUGCCAUUUAUUUUGGCACCAUAUUAAUCAUUUAUUCAUGAUUAACUUGAAAAUCUGUUUAUCUUUUAAAGGAUCCAACUUUGGACCUAAACGAAAGGAUAUCAUUUUGUUUAUCACAUAAAUUUUAUCUCUUUCCAGUUUCUUAAUUUUAAUAUUUAAGGUAACAUAUCAAAUACUUAAAUUGUUCCAGAAAGUGCCAAAGUUUUAUUAAAAUAUAAGCUCUAUCGAAGUCAUUAAUAAAAAUCCAGGUACUUUAUAAAAAAAUUAUAGAUAGGUUGAGAGGCACCCUUUGAGAAAUAACCGCUAUUCGCACAUAUUCUCCUUCAAAAAAAAAGACCAGUCAAACCCUUUAGACAAAUAUUAAGUUAAACUUUCAAAGUUGUCUCUUUAAAAUAAUUUGGAAUAUAUCAUCGAUUUAGCUUUUUCAUUUUUUAAUGCCAGCUCCGAUAUGACCUUAAAUAAAGGUACGCAGUAAAUGAAAAAAUAUAAUUUAAAGUUGUGCCUUAUCAAAAUCCUAUAAAUAAAUUUUGAAGGUAACGUUUUAAUGUUUUCUCAAAAGUGUAGUUUAAAAAUGCCAGAGGCAUAACCUUUUUAAAUCCUAAAAUUGAGGCUUUGCCACAAAAUUAAAUGAAAAACGCAAUGUUACUUUCAUUUAAAAAAAAAGAUGUGCUAAGUUAUAUAAUUAAAUGUAUAUUGAAAACAUGUCUAUUGACUCCCACAUGAUUAUUAAUUUUACAUCUUUUUUGGCAAAAACGAAAACCUGUAAAUUUGAACACUUGAAAGACAUUUUCUCUACAACCGCUUGUAAACUUUAAUUGCAAUCAAUUUUAUUUAAAGCUUGGGAAAUUUUAAAAAAAUAAUUUAGAUUAAAUUUAAUAACCUGCUCGAAACAUGUUUAAAAACUACUUAUCUAAUUAUUUGUAACUUUUGUAAAAAUUGUUUUUUAUUCCAUUAAUAUGUGUUGGAGACGUAUGGAUUCUUGUCAAAUAAAUACCCUAAAAGCACCUUCCAAUAUUAAUCCAUCCAUCCAUCCAUCCAUGUGGCGCUACAGCCCUUGUUGGGCUUUGGCAUGCCUCACUACGUCCUUCCUCUCAGAACUAUCUAAUGCUUUUCUUUUCGAAGUUUGGAUGUCCAGUUGCUGUUGAUCUUUUUCCACAUCAUCCACCCAUCUAAGCGUAGGUCUGCCUUUGAGCCUUUUUCCUCUGGGAUAUUGGUGAUGCACCCUCUCCGUUCAUCUGUUAAUGGAAUUCUCUCUAGGUGUCCUGUCCAGCGUAGCCUGCCCACUUUUUUUUUCUUCUAAUAUCGUGAGAUCCAGAUAUAGACUGCACAAGUCAUGGUUGGUUCGUAUUCUUAACCGAUAUUUAUCCUUUGUUGGUCCCUAUAUUUUCCUGAGAACUUUCCUCUCCCAUGUGCUUAAUAGGUUUUCUGCCGUUUUUGUUAGGGUCCAAAUUUCACUUGCAUAUGUUACAGCUGAUCUGAUUACAGUUUUAUAAAUAGUUUUCUUUGUUUCUCUUGUAAUGUUUUUACUUUUGAGUAUUUUCUGACUAAUGAAGUAUGCCCUGUUUCCAUCUGAUAUUCUUUGUUUUAUUUCUGAUAGCAAUUCAUUUCUUUCAUUUAAUAAAAAUCCUCGGUCUUUUAAUUGAUUUACAUUUUUGAAAUUCUGGUUUCUAAUUUUAAUUGCUUCCUCUGUUUGUUCUUCUCUUAUCAUCGUCAUGUAUUUUUUUUUUUUUAACUUCCAGCCAUGCUUGUAGUGAUGCGUCUUCUUAUUCAAUAAAGAUUUUUAUUAGUCCUUAAUAAUUUUCACUAGCAGUGCUAUGUGAUCAGCAUAUGUAAGAUACUGAAGUUUUUGGUUGUAGAGUGUGACCAUUGGUUGUUGGUCUUGAGUUUCCCUCAGAAAGUAUCCUUUUAUCGUUCCUCAGGUUUCAUUGUGUAUAUUUCUCAUAACUCUGUCUAAUGUUAGGUUAAAGAGCAUACAAGACGGUGAGUCUACCAUUCUUAGACCUCGUAUAAUCUGAAAUUCCCUUGAAUAUUCUCCUUGAUCCUUGAUUUUGCUUUUUGAAGUGUUUAGUGUUACAUGUAUUAGUCUUGUUAGUUUUUUGGGUAUGCAUAACUCCUGCAGAGUCUAAGAUAUAUUUUUUUUUCUUUUGAUGCUGCCAUAGGCCAUUUUAUAGUCCACAUAGAGUUUGUGAACUGGGAUAUUAUAUUCAUAAAAUUACUCUAAUAGGCAUAUGAUUGUAAAAAUCUGAUCAGACGCUGAUGUGUUUUGUCUGAAUCCACAUUGUUAAUCACCUAGUAUUUCUUCAGUGUAAGGUUGUAGUCUUUGGGCAAUAAUAAUCUUCAGUAUUUUGUAUGUAACAUUUAAUAAGAAGAUUCCUCCGUAAAUUGUACACUUCAUUUUGGAGCCUUUCUUGUGUUUUUGGGGUUAUUGAUGCUGUUUCCCAUUUUUUGGAAUUUUCUCUUCUUGCCAAAUUUUAGUGAUAAGUUUAUGUAUCCGAGUGUGUAGUUCUUUUCAUCUAUAUUUAUUCAGUUCUGCUGUGAUGAGGUCUUCUCCAGGGGCUUUGUGAUUUUUUCAUAUAAUUAAUUACCUCUUUGGAUUCUUCUAGAGUUGGGCAUAGUAAAAAAGGGUCUGGUCCUCUCGUUUGGGGUUGAUAAUUUUCUUCUUGUCUAUUGUCUGCAUUCAGUAUGUCCUCAAAAUAUUCAGCCCACCUUUCCAGUACUUUACUAUUUUUCGUACUUAAUUCUUCAUUGCUGCUCUCACACAUUUUCGAUAUGGCUUGGUAGCCAUUCUUUUCAUCUUUUAUCCUUCUGAACAUUACUCAUAAUGCCCUCUCUUGAUAAGUAUUCUAUUUAUUUUAGUUUAGCUUUUUCCCAUUCCCCAUUUUUUUUUCUUCCUACACACUUUUAUAGCUUUUUUUCUGGCUUCCUUGUAUGUUUGUGUUGUCUCUCUGGUUUCCCUUUGUAACAUGAUCAUUCGUACUGUGUUUUGUGUCUUCCACAGUCUCUCUGCAUUCAUUAUCAAACCAGCUUACUCUGUCCUUGAUUUUCUGGAAUCCUACUACUUUUCCUGCUGAUCUUUUUAUGGCAUUUUUUAACCUAUCCCACUGCUUAUUUAUGUUCUUUCUUUGUAUUCUUCCUCCUGUGAUGCUUCUAAUUGUGCUUCUGCUUCAUUCUGGUAAGCUUUUGCAGUUAGUGUGUCUUUAGUGAGCUUUUGGUAAUCAUAAUGUUUCUCUCUUUGAUUACGAGCAUCGUGAAUUAUGCUUAUUCGCUAAUUAUAUUUCACUCUGACAAGUAGAUGGUCCGAGUCUGCAUCUGCUCCCGGAAGGCUUCUCACAUCUAAUAUAUCUGAUCCAUAGCUCCAAUCUGUUAGAGAAUGUUCAAUUUGGUUGUGGGGGUGACUCCAUCUGAUGAGUUCCACGUAGCAUUUUGUAUAUUUUUGUGCAGAAAACUUGGUGCUGCUAACUGACAUCCCCUUUCCUACAGCAAAGUCUAUGAGUCGGAUUCCAUUGUCAUUGGAUUCUUCAUGCAGACUCUCCUUGCCAAUAGUUGGCAUGAGCACCUUUUCUUUUCAUAUUUUGGCAUUGAAGUCUCCAGCCACUGUUUUAAGUUGUGGUGUCUCUUCGUAGAUCUUUUCCAGCGUCUCAUAAAAAUGAUUCUUCAUCAUGAUCUUCCGUAUCUUCUUUGAGAGCAUGUACAUUUAUACAUGUUAUAUUGAACAUUUUUUCUGGUUUGAAGCCAAUGAAUGCACUUACUAUUUCUUUUUUCACAGAGAAUCCUGUUCCGAGUGUGUUUGUUUUUUUAACACUAAAACAUAUGGUGUAUUCUUUUGUUUUGAGGAUGUCUGAAUGUUUCCAUCGAAUUUCUUUCAGUGCAGCAAUAGCUAUUUUAAAUUUGACUGGUUGAUUUGCAAUGUUGGCUAAGGCUCUUGCAAUGAACAGGCUUAGUAUUUCCAAGACGCAAUCCAAAAAUCAUGUCCAUAUCCAGGCAUAUAUCGAUUUCCAUUGGUAUAAGUCCGGAUUUUAUUCUGUUUAUUGACUUUUGUAACGUUAUUUUUUUUACAUGGGCUUGUUGUUAACCCUGCGAACAACUGUCAUAAGGAUUGCCCCUUACAGAUCUCUGGGUAGCUGCCUUAGUAUUUGGGUAAGGUUCCCCAGCCUUUGUGGAUCCCUCCACUUCCUAAAAAGCAGUAUGUUCUGAGUUUGGUCCGCCCCAGGUUUUUUAUUUCCCUGGUACCCUCGAUAUCUGAUGGGCUUUCCCUUAUCCACCCCCUGGUAAGGCUCUCGAUGGGACAUCAGUAUCUGCGCACGUGGAAUAUAAAUCCAAUAAUUUUAAAUAUCAUGUUUAUAAUUAAUACACAUUAUUUGAUUUAAAAUUUAAAUUUAUUGUAAUUUUUUCAGUUAUAUUAUAUUUGGUGAAUCAAUAAGUCAAACAGAUAUAAUGCAACAAUGAAUAUUUCAUCAAAAAGGAUAGCAUGCGGGAAACAUGAAAUUAAAAUAUUGGAAAUUUGUUGAUGUCAUAAAAUGCAAGCUGUUUAAAGAAAAAUCAUAUCGCAGCCCAGUCUGUAGUAUCCUACGAUAAACGAACAAUAGCAUUCUUUUUUCUUCAUUUAAACGAUUGUUAAAGAAAACGUUUGGUCAACACAUGCUAUGAACAAUUUAAAUUGUCAUAAUAUCCUUGAUGUCAAGCUAAUUUUUAGUGAACACAACUGUAACAUUAUUCGCAGAUAUACAGAUCUAUACAUACAAUAAUCAUUAACAUCAUUUUAUUAUGUUACUACAGAUGCCUGAAGAAAAGUAUACCUUUUUGUUGGUUGGAAAAACUGGAGCUGGAAAAAGUGCAUUGGGAAAUACUAUAGUAGGAUAUGACGCAUUUCAAAGUUCCGAUUCAAGUAUUUCGGUUACUUCUGUUGUUGAAUUCAAAAGAAUACAAAAGAAUGGCUUCGAUAUAACCGUUGCAGACACGCCUGGCUUUAUGGACACAGAACUUAACGUCGAUGAAGCUAAAUUAAAGGCAUGUGAGGACAUGGAAAAGACAAUGUGUUUAUGCCCAACAGAUGGAAAAGUUGCUGUUAUUCUUGUUAUUAAAUAUGGAGAACGAUUUACUUUAGAAAGCAUGACAUCUCUACAUAUUCUAGAAAGUAUUUUUGGUAAAGAAAACCUUUGGAAGUCGUGUAUUAUUGCAAUGACAUUUGGAGAAUGUUAUGAUCUUCAAUAUAAAAAGCAAAAUAAAGAUAUUAAGGACUAUGUCAGGGAGCAGAAAGGUCCUCUGGGUGAGAUACUUGAAAAGUGUAACUAUAAAUGUGCAUUAUUUCAUAACUUGUCAGAUGAUCUAAAGAAAGAUGAUUUUACAAUUUUGAUGCAAUACGUUCAAGAGCUCGACCAAGGAUAUACUCUUAGUAAAUUUAAAGAAGCAAAGAAACAUCAAAAUCGCCUUGCGCUUGAGGCCAAAUUGCCACGUUUAAAAGAACAUUUUCAAGAGGAGAUCAAAAAGUUGAAAGAAAGAAUAAAAUACCUAACAAUAAGUUGCGAAUCAUCAGAAGAGUUGGAGAAGAUUGGUGGCAUCAUUACUAUUAAUUUAGACGAAGUUUCUAAGACAGAUUCACCUGACGAAAUUGCUUACAGAGAAGGAGAAAAACCAUUAUUAGAAGAUAUACGAACUUCUUUUAGUACAUUACAUAAGAAAAUAAUGAACAGAAAAGAUAAAGUUCAGGAGCUGAAGAUCGCUCAUGAAUUUAUUACUCAAAUGGAAAAUAUUAAGAAAGAAAUUAAUGAUGAUGGCCCAAAGAAUAAAAAGAUUAACAGAAAAGUUAAUUUUUUUCAAGAAAAACUAGAAGGUAUUUCUUCAAACAUAAAAAAAGUGAAUUUUAGCAAAGACUUGUCUGAUAACAUUCAAAAAACAUUAAAUGAAACCCAAAACGAACUAGAUGAAUUAAAGUCAAAUGCUCAACAAAAAAAGCAAUCUAAAUAUAUUUGGCAAUUGCAAGACAUAUUGAAUACGAUCAAAAUGCUUAACUAUGAUGAUACAUGCAACUCUGAAAAUGUUUAUUUUCAAUUAAAUAAUCCCUUUCAAAAUUUAAAAUCUAAAAUUGAAAAAAAUCGUAAGCAAAUGAAUCCUCAGUGCUAUACAAAUAUCACGGACCUCAUGAUGACAGUUGAACAAGAAAUUAAAGCCAAAUUGGAGGAUGUCGCGCAGUUUGAAAAAAGAGAAAAGCUGGAGAGAAAAAUUUCAAAUCUUAGAGAAACAAUUCAGAAUACCAAACCGGACGAAAAAGACAUAAAUAAAUCCAUUGCAGACUUUGAAGAAAAAUUAAAGGAGAUAAGCUCAGAGAUAACAUCCAAGAGUUUAAGAAAAGACUGUGAAGACAGAUUACGCUUAUUAAUACAUGAAGCACAAGAACGACUAGACAGUCUCAAAACAAAUUUACAAGAAAUAAAACAAAGUGACAUAAUUGCUACAUUAAAGAAUAUCAAUAAAGAAAUAAAAGGAGUUGGUUAUCGUGACGAUAACGCCUUAGACAUGUUAAAAGAAAUAAAAAGUGAGAUGUUAGACACCCUGUCAAAGUUUAAGAAGGAGGAACCUUAUUUGAGCAAAUCAUUUUUAGAUGAAUUCAAAACCUCAUUUAGUCAACUUCAACAAGACAUCAAAACAAAAGAAGAAACGAUACUAGAAUGGAUUAAAACGGUUAAAUUACAGGAGGAAAUUAAGGGUUUUCAACAAAAAAUAAUCUGUACCGACCAUGACAAUGAAGAUGCAUUAAGAAAAAAAAUAAAUUUUGAAAAAAAAUUUGAACAGAUAAAAACCAAAGUUAACGAAGUGAUUUUAAGAGAUAAGUUUAUGUUACAUAUUAAAUUGAAUUUAAAAGAAACACAGAAGGAACUAAAUAAUUUGAAAAAUAAAAUAGCACACAAAAUAGAAGCUGAAAUAAGCUUAGAAUUGCAUAACAUAAACUCAAUAUUGCAUGAAACCGACUGUUCAAAUGAAAACUGUGGUGCAAUUCUGUCUAAAGUUGUCGGACAGAUCGAGGAUCUGAAGUGCAAAUUAAAAGAAAAUAAAAACAACAUUAAGGACGGAUUCAUAAUUUCAAUGGAAAAGUCAUUAAAGGAAUAUGAAGAAACUGUUAAAUGUAAACAACAAGCUACAGAAACGUGGGUGAAAAAGAAGAAAUUUGAAAACGCUAUAUCUAAAAUUACUCAGAAAAUUCAAGCAACAAACGAAAAUUUAAAAGAAGCUUAUUCAGAGUUGUGUAAUUUUCAAAACGACAUUGAUGAGACAUUUUUAAAAGCUGCUGACGAGAAUCUGGGAACAGACGUAGAAAUCUUUCUGAACUUAAGCAAAAUUAAAGUUGAAAAAGAACUUCGGGAUAAAAAAAAAUGUGUACACCAAUUCAAAUUCAAACAAAUAGAUGAAAAAAUAAAGCUUAUCAAUGAUAAAUUAGACUUGGUCAACCAAAAUGAUUCAGAUUUCUUUAAAAAAAUACAACAUAUUGAAAGAGAUACCUAUACAGUCAAAAUUGAAUUAGAGUUAGAAAAACCUAUAAUAGGUGAAUCUAUGAGUGUCGCACUUGAAUUAUCUUUGAAUAAGGUUCAAGACACUAUAAAAGUUAAAAAAGAAGAGCGAUUACAAAAGGAAAAUGAGAAUGAUAUAUUAACGCCCCUAAAUGUGGUAAAAACAAACAUCUUGCAAACAGAUUUUAAAUGUCAAGACAUCUUUGAUAAAAUUUCGGCCUUUAAAAAAGAUAUAAAUGAAAUUGAGUUAUUAAUGCUAAAUCGGCAAUUCAAUGAAGUGGAUAAAAAAAGAUUUUCUACAACAACAAAAUACUGUCUAAAUUAUCUAGAUGAACUAAAAGAAAAGGCAUUCUCUCUUUUAGAAGAAAAUAUUUCCAACAUUUCAACUACUAUAAGCUUUGCUAAUCCCGAUGAUCAAGACAUUAAAGAAAAAUUGCAAGAUAUGUGUAAGAGAUUAGAAAUGUUAAAGUCGAGAAAUGUAGAGUUCAUUGCCGACCGGAUAGGACAAUGUGAAACUGAUUUACAAGCACUACAAAAGCGUACUAAGUUAUUUCAAAUCUAUGCCCGGCAUUAUGAACUUUUAGUUACACAGGUAGACGAGUUAGAUAUACCAUGCAAAGUUCAUCAUUACGAAAGCCUGCUUGAAAAUACAAACAGUUUGUUGACGAGAGUAAAAUCAGAUAUUAAAGACGAGACGGACUGUAAGAAACUUUCUGAAAAGUUGCUCACAUUAUUAGAAGUUAUUAAGAAGUUAAACAAAUGUAAUAACUGGGGAAUCGCAGGGGAAGUUCUCGUGGCUUUACCAGUUGUUGGAUAUUUUGUUAAAAAAUCAAUAGUAUCUGGUAAUGUUGUGGAAGAAAAAAAGCAAAAGGCUAUUUUAGACAAAGAAGUUAAAACAUUAAUUUAAAAUCAUUUUAAUUGAAGACCAUGUAAUUUUAAUAUUAUUUUUAAAGCACAUUUUUGGAAAUCAGUAAAUUACAAUCUUGUACUUAUUUUAAAAAUGAAGUUUCUUAUUACAAUUUUCGC